AGAAACACAGGUGAAGAGUCGAUACAGAGCAGCAAAACCAACACCAGACCGGUGAGAAUAACCACCUUCUAGAGCAACUCUUUGGAGAUUUUUGGCAAGAUGAAAAAAUUACUUUUGCUGGUUCUCACCUUAACAGCUUCUGCCAGUCCACCAUUUCAGGAGGAAAAGCUGCCAUUUAGAGAUCAGCCUUUUGAUCAUGUGGUGAAGGUGGAUGUUUUACCAGUGGUUAAAAAAGAACCAAUAGUACAGAACACAAAAGAAGAACAAGGUCCUCUGAUGCAGGAUGAACCUGUUGCAGAUGUGGUGGACCCUGAUUCAGUGUUGCUGAAGCCAGAGACAACAGAGGAACACAGAGUAAGUGAAAAGACAGCAGAGAUGGUGGAGGAACCUGUGUUAAAGGCAGAUAAUCUGACACCAGAGACAAAACUAGAGCCAGAAACAGUUGCCAAUGAGAACACAAACAACGUACCUGUGCAGGAACCUGUGCUAGAGGCAGAUGUUCUGACUGAAGAAACACCAGAAACAGAACUAGAGCCUGAGCUGGAAAUAUCUGUGGAGGAACCUGUACUAGAGGCAGAUGUUCUGACUGAAGAAACACCAGAGACAGAACUAGAGCCUGAGCUGGAAAUAUCUGUGGAGGAACCUGUACUAGAGGCAGAUGUUCUGACUGAAGAAACACCAGAGACAGAACUAGAGCCUGAGCUGGAAAUAUCUGUGGAGGAACCUGUGCUAAAGGCAGAUGAUCUGACACCAGAGACAGAACUAGAGCCUGAGCUGGAAAUAUCUGUGGAGGAACCUGUGCUAGAGGCAGAUUAUCUGACUCAAGAAACACCAGAGACAGAACUAGAGCCUGAGCUUGAAAUAGAUCCCAUUCAGAAGAACAGAAACAACGUACCUGCAGAAGAACCUGUGCUAGAGGAAGAUUAUCUGACUGAAGAGACACCAGAGACAGAGCUUGAAACUGAACUGGAAAUAGAUGCCAUUGAGAUGAACAGAAACGUACCUGUGGAAGAACCUGUGCUAGCGGCAGAUUAUCUGAUUGAAGAGACACCAGAGACAGAGCUAGAACCUGAGCCAGAAAUGGUUGCCAUUGAGAUGAACACAAACAACGUACCUGUGGAGGAACCUGUAGUAGAGAUGGAGUCUGUAGAUGAGAUGGUGGUGGAAUCUGAAAAAGAAGAAAAAUUAUUAAAGGAGCCUACACUUGAGGAUGACUAUAUUGUGGCUGAAGAUCUGGAAGAAGUAAUGGAACCAGUGAGGGAAAGAAGAAUGGCAUUAAAGACUGGGAGGUGGACUUGUAGAGGAGUUGUCCUACAGGGCAAAUGUUACCAGUUCUUCAGAAGAACCCUGAAUGCCGAUGCAGCUGAGUUACAAUGUCAAGAAAUCUGCCCUAAUGGCCACCUGGCCUCGGUGACAAGCAGCUACAUUCGUGAAGAACUUGGAAAACUAAUGGACCAGUAUGGCGUGCGCACUAUAACAUGGCUUGGAGGACGGAGAGUUAUUGGUACAAAUAAUUUCAGAUGGUUGGAUGGAGCGCCGUGGAGCUAUAAUAACUGGGGUAUUGGACAGCCCAGUAAUGAUGGUGGGAUAGAGAACUGUGUAGAGAUACUGAGUAAUCUGCGAUUCAAUGAUAUGCCAUGCCGUGAUAUCAGACCAUUCAUCUGUUCCUGCCCACUUUAGACAGCCAGGAGGUUAACCUAACCUGCUAUACAGUGACUUUUAUGAAGAACAUGUAAACAAUAAGAAUUAUUAUUGUAAUUUUUAAUUUAAGUAAUUUAUAAGGGUUAUUCCAUAAUCAACCUGUUUUGUUAAAUUUGUUAAAAUAAUAAUAAUAAACUAAACAUACAUUUUAUACUCCACAACUGAUCUAUUGAAUACUUGUUUAAUUUAAUUGUUUACUUGCUAAAAUCAUCCUGUUGAACGCUUGUUGUAUUUCAUGUUUCAUGUAAAACUGCAUUAAAUAAG